AAUAUAGGCAUUUAAUUUGAGCAUAUAAUAAAUGUUCACAUGCGUGAUAAAAAAAAUACGCAUCAUAUGCAUAUUUGGGCGCUCAGAGACACGUGGUGUUACUAUGGUAACGACCAUAAACACGAUUCAGCGCGAGUUGAUCCACAAGGUAACCAAGACAGCAGAACAAUGUCAGUCUCUGAUGAAGAUGAGGUGUUGAAAGCAGAGUCUGAGGAAGAGGAUGAAGAGAAAGAGAAGGAGAUUUCAGGACAAGAGGAUAAGCUAGAGUCCUGUCCGCUAACCCAGGACAUGAUGGCGAAAAGCUUGUCCUUAUUGUGUCGCACAGGAAAUGGUCUGUCUCAUGCCUAUGUCAGACUUGACCUUAAAAGCAAGGGUCUGACAGACCUGGCCUUGAUCAGCUCCUUCAUCCAUCUGCGCUACUUGGACAUCUCUUCCAAUCAUUUGUCAGACUUCUCUCCAUUGGCUGGCCUCACUCAGCUGUUGUGGGUGAAGGGAGACGGUAACCUGCUUCAGACGUUCGAGGGUCAGCCGUUUGGCCAGCUCACUUACCUACAGUGGCUCAGCUUUGCCAAUAACCGCCUGUUUGAUGUUAAGGGCAUUGGAGGCCCAGCACUGGAAACCCUCAAUCUCACUGGUAAUGGUAUCCAGACCAUGCAGGGCCUGGAAUAUCACAAUCUAACCAAUCUGGUGACUCUCGAGUUCAGAGGAAAUUGUUUGGAAACUACAGAUGCCAUUUACCUCCCCAAUUUACGCCACUUGUAUCUGGCUCAGAACAACUUAAAGCGAUUGGAGGGUCUGGAGAAGCUUGAGAAUCUCAACACUCUUAACCUCAGAGAUAACCAGUUAGAAACACUGGAUGGACUCAGCCCCAAUAUGAAAUCUCUCCAGUAUCUUAAUGUCAGAGGGAACCUUAUAUCUUCUAUGAGGGCUUUGCGAAAUCUAGAGAGUGUCGGGCAAACACUGAAGGCCCUUGUGCUCUUGGAGAACCCUUUAGCGAAGACUGACGAUUACAGGAUGUAUGUGAUCUCGCAUCUCCCCCAGCUUGAGCGACUGGACAAGGAUCCCAUCACAGCUGAAGAGAAGUCUGCGGCCCAGGAGAAGGAAUUUGAAGAUGAAUUUGCUGAAGAUCAAGAGGAUAACUGAAUAGGCUGUGUUACACUGAAAUAUACUUGUAAAUAUAAUUUUAUAAUCAAUAAAGUCUACUAUCAAAAAAAGUUUUGGUUCCAUUUCAUGCAGUAUAACCUCUGAUGUGGUCUUUAUAGCUGUAGCUGUUGGUAAAAACUAAAUACACUAAAAACACUAAAUAGCACGUGUCACUAGAUAUGAUAACAGGGUGCAUAUCACUGUAAUAUAAUGCCUAUCUUGAAGAGAACUCAUAUCAAGGUUUGCAAGUUAAUUGUACAUGCUCAGAUGCAACAUUCAACAUGUGGCGGUUGAGUGGUAUAGUUACCUUGUAAGAUUUAUACAUUAAUACACAUUUUGCUUCUUUUUCUCAAUUGAAGGAGAAGUUCUCUCUUUCCACAACACACUUUUUCAGAUAUUUACAGAUCAGAAAUUAUGUACGCCAUGCAGUGCCUAGUUUUGAGUCUUUGCCAGAGGGAAGAAGGAUAUAUAGACUAUUGUUGGGCUCACCUGAUUCCAAACAUUUGAUUUCAGAUUUUGUAAUUGUGUUUUCUGAAGAAGUUAGUUUUUCUACGAAUUCUUUAAAAAUUGCCUGGGAGGAGGAAUUAGGUAUACAGAUCGGAGAUGAAGUAUGGGAGGAGAGCCUUAGCAGGAUUCGUUCUUGUUCUAUUAAUUCUAGGCAUCAGUUAAUUCAAUUUAAGGUGAUGCAUAGAUUGCACUACUCAAAAUCUAAAUUGCACAGGAUUUUUCCAACCAUUUCUUCUACAUGUGAUCGGUGUAAAUCUGCAGAGGGCUCUCUUACCCAUCUCUUUUGGACAUGUCCUAAACUUUAUAAUUUUUGGUGUGAUAUAUUUAAGUGGUUUUCUGACAUGUAUAGUUUUGUGUUUAAGCCUGAUCCAGAGAUUGCAUUAUUUGGAUAUUCUGUUUCUUUGUCAGACCAUAAUGUCUCUGUACAAAGCACCAUUAUUUAUGGAAUGAUUAUUGCUAAGAGCAUCAUUCUAAGACUUUGGAAAUCGGAUACUAUUCCUCAGUUUAAGACCUGGUUGACUUAUCUUACUGGAAUAUUGCAUAUGGAAAGAGUCCGGUAUGGAAUUAUGGGUAACCUUGAUAAAUUCUACAGUAUAUGGCAACCAUUUCUGGAUCAUCUUAACCAGUUAAAUGCUAGCUCUGAUCAGUAAUGUAAGACAUAAUAUGCUGUCUGCUCUGCCUUCUACUGAAUGCUUGUUUGUUUGUGCUUUACUACUGGAAUUGCAUAUGCGCCCU